UCAGUUGCAUGGUUAAUUGAUACAAUUAUCUUUCCAAGUAACGUUCUUCGGGUUCGGUGUUUGUCUUUUGGUGCCGCUAUUAUUAACGUUCUUCGGGUUUGGUAUUCGUCACAUGUUGCUAUUUUGGUGCUACCAUUAACUACAUUCUUCGGGUUUGGUGUUCAUUUUUUGGUGCCGCCGUUAGUAUAUAAUAAUCAUCUUCGGGUUUGGUAUUCGUUGCAUGUUACUAUUUUGGUACAGCCAUUAAAAUUGGAACUGUUUAACCGUUUAACAAAUUGCACCAUAGUUUUAGAUGGAAUUAUGUUGGUUGCAGUUUCAAUCCCUACCAGACAACGUUCUGAUAUUCAUUUUUUGGUGCCACCAUUA